AUACAUCAUACGCAUAUAUAUAUAUAACACUAUAAACAGAUAUGUAGCAUCAUGAUACAUUAUGUAUCUUCCGUCUAGCAUAAUAUGAACAUAAUGAACAUACCAUACCUAAAUACUUAACCCAAAUCAUACACUUCUCUGAAAAGGUCCAGCAAUGGGAGAUAAAAGAGAGGCAGCAAGGAUCGUUGGUUGCUUCGGCACCAGCUGCGGUGCCAAACAUCGGUAGCAGACAUCUCGUGUCACAAUGGUGAAGAAAUAUCAAGACUUGUCAUUGAGAAAUGUCAAUGGACACAUACAGAGUUAAGAGAAUGAGAGUUCCAGACCACAGAGCGUUCAGGUUGAGCCCCGCAAGCCGCCAAAUUGUUGUCGUGACGUGCGCUUGUUUGGAUAGACUCGGAUAGACAUCAUGAAUAGCGGAGUAUGGACACCAUUGAAUCGGUACGAGAACAAGCAAGCCGCAGCAAAAUCAAAAAACACCUUUGUAGCGACAAAACCAUGAGAAUCCAUGCUUCUUGGGGUCGUGGGGAUUCCAAAGACUUUUCUGUCAAAUAAUCGCCCAAACCACACAAAUGCCCUGGAACCACGCACUGCCAUGCCAUAGUCCGCACAUGUCCACACCUUGAGGUGAGCGGCGUCGAAAACCGGGUAGCGAUUUGGUUCUAAUCCUUAUAAGCUUUCGCGACGGCUUUCGCGGUUCUUUCGCGCGCACAGUUCUGGCUCUCGCGGCGACGUAUUUCGUGAUAUCUUUCGCGGUUGCUUUCGCGGAAAAUUGCCCGUAAAUGAUGGUGCACAUGUAUAUUUAAAUGUGCUUCUACUAUCUACCUGCUUUCGCCACUGCUUUCGCGGCUCGACCUUGACGCACUCCUUUCGCGGAGCUUUCGCGCGGCUUUCGCGCGUGAAGGUUUGGCUUUCGCGGGGGGUUCCCCACAUGAACCCGAAUACUAAAUCCCUUCAUGGAGGUUUUUGAUGCUGCUCAGGUGAGGAUGCCUGUAACAUAUUGCAAAGCCGCCGCAUAACACUGCGAUGGUCAGUCUAAAACACAUAGGUUUCAGUUUCAAUCGCUGUUCUUGAAUCCCAACCAUGAUAUUUCAAUGAGUGGCUCUCUAGCUGGAACAUGCUGGAAUUGAUGUUAUAGCAUGCUUGUGCAAAUGCCAAUGCGAAAAACAUGAGAAAACUGUGUCCCCUCAGACCUUACCCUAAGAUACCCUAAGAAACACUUGGAGUGAAACCAUGUGCUUAAACCAGACGGUCUCCAUGUGACAUGCGGCAAACCAUUCCGAAAUCCUUGAACUGCUGGAAGAAGGUCUUGUUAUUGUCAUUGACCGAGAUAAAGUUCCACAAGCACUAUCAUGUCAUCUCUGAAGAAUGCAUGGGCAGCAGAUCCCGGCAAGGUGUCUUGCCAUGGUCGAAGAAUGACAAACAUCUUGGAACUGUCAAGAAAGGGGGCCAGAAUUGGUUUUGUACACUGAGAAAGCCAUGUGCAGCAAUUUCGCAGAAGAACUUCCAUGCGCAGCAACAUGAACUAGAUGAGCAAUCAGAGAGAAAGGACAAUGUUUCGACAUGUUUGAAUCAUGUUUGGAACAUUUUUGAACACCAAAAAUGAUGCCCAAACAUGAUCAAUCAUGAUCAGACAUGAAGGGUAACCCAAAGGCUGUGUCUGUAUGCAUCCUGUCCGUUGAACUGAGGAAACUGGAAGUAUGUGACUUUGGGCGUUUCAGGUUUCGAAUUCAUCUCAACCCCCAAGAAGUACUGUGAUGUUGAAGAGGUCCACUUGGAACAAUUCCAUGCAUGGACAGCAUUUCCGUUGGGUGGAACUCAACUGAUGUCGAUAAUGUUCAGGGGUAAGAGAACCAGGAAGAAACCAACGCUGUUGAAAACCCUGGUGUCGGGCCAGUUGCUGGCUGAACAGUGGUGGCCGGAGCCAGACAGUCUCCUAAUGGUUUCCCGGAAACCCAAAUCUGAAACCUCGGAAAACUCGACGGUGCCCUGUGACAUGCGGCAAACCAUUCCGAAAUCCUUGAACUGCUGGAAGAAGGUCUUGUUAUUGUCAUUGACCGAGAUAAAGUUCCACAAGCACUAUCAUGUCAUCUCUGAAGAAUGCAUGGGCAGCAGAUCCCGGCAAGGUGUCUUGCCAU